GUACUUUUCAACUUUUUUAAGUACGACAUUCAGAAUCCCCAAGCAACGUCGCCUACAGAAAUAUAAAAUCUCCAUCAUACCUCUAUCAUGGCACCACGAAUCACCUGUUGGGAUGACAUUGUGUCCGAGAAAUGCGACCCAAAAACAGGACAAUUCCAGUCCACACUUUCAUCAUCGCUAUUGACAAGACUGAGACUUUAUACUACAACCAGCUAGAGAUCCCCAAAGCUAAGGUUACUUUUGACCUAGUUACUCGCGCUCUCAAGUGUGUCUCUGCUGAUGAAAUAUUCCCAACAUGGCUAGCUUCUGGGAUAGAGCUCACGCAAGCUCCAGCAAUACUUACUGCAAAGACCUAUAUCAAACGACUGACUCUAGAUCUUUAUGACAUUUUCAACUUUCAGAGAUGUUGCUAGCAGAGGCCUACUUAAUAAAAAUGUUGUUUACCACAGCCUUUAGAUUGAUGAUGCUUG